AGAGCCGUCAGGAGCAGAGGGCGGCGCUGGGAAGAGCGAGCCGGGAAGGGCCGCAGGGGGAGGUGCCCGGAAGAGUCUCCCUCCCUCCCGCUCCGGUUUCCCUCACAGACUCUCCGGCUCGGCUUGGGACAGGGCGCGGCGGGCAGCCCCAGCGGGAAGCAGGAGCGGCGGAAACCGGCCAAGCUCGGGCCCGGGGGACUCGGCGACCGCCACCAAAACUGCGGAGGGAGAGGAGCGGCAGAAAUGACUGCCUUUAACACAGGAAACGUUAACUUCAAAUGGGAUCCCAAAAGCCUGGAGAUAAGAACACUGGCAGUUGAGAGACUGUUAGAACCCCUUGUUACACAGGUUACUACACUGGUCAAUACUAGUAACAAAGGGCCUUCCAACAAAAAAAGAGGCCGCUCUAAAAAGGCACAUGUUCUAGCCGCAUCAGUUGAGCAAGCCACAGAGAACUUCUUGGAGAAAGGAGAUAAAAUUGCGAAAGAGAGCCAGUUUCUUAAAGAAGAGCUGGUGGCUGCUGUGGAAGAUGUUCGCAAACAAGGAGACUUAAUGAAGAGUGCCUCUGGAGAAUUUGCUGAUGACCCAUGUUCGUCUGUGAAACGAGGGAACAUGGUGAGAGCAGCCCGUGCCCUCUUGUCAGCAGUUACCCGGCUGCUCAUUUUGGCUGACAUGGCAGAUGUAUACAAGCUACUUGUUCAGCUUAAAGUUGUAGAAGAAGGCAUCUUGAAACUCAGAAAUGCUGGUACUGAACAGGAUUUAGGAAUACAGUACAAAGCCCUUAAACCAGAGGUGGAUAAACUUAAUGUAAUGGCAGGCAAAAGACAACAGGAAUUAAAAGAUAUAGGUCAUCGUGAUCAGAUGGCUGCAGCCAGAGGCAUUCUUCAGAAAAACAUUCCUAUAUUGUACACAGCUUCUCAAGCAUGCCUGCAGCAUCCAGAUGUAGCUGCUUACAAAGCCAACAGGGACUUGAUCUACAAGCAACUGCAGCAGGCAGUUACAGGAAUCUCUAAUGCAGCCCAAGCAACAGCUUCGGAGGACUCGGUUCAGCAGCACGGCGGUGGGGGAGAGCUGGCCUACGCCCUUAACAACUUUGAUAAACAAAUCAUUGUGGAUCCCUUGAACUUCAGCGAGGAGCGUUUUAGGCCUUCCCUGGAAGAGCGCCUGGAGAGCAUCAUUAGUGGUGCAGCCCUAAUGGCUGAUUCAUCUUGUACACGUGAUGACCGACGGGAGCGCAUAGUUGCAGAGUGUAAUGCUGUGCGACAAGCCCUGCAAGAUCUCCUUUCAGAAUACAUGGGAAAUGCUGGACGCAAAGAAAGAAGUGAUGCUUUAAAUUCUGCCAUAGACAAAAUGACAAAAAAGACAAGAGAUCUGCGUAGACAGCUCCGCAAAGCUGUUAUGGAUCACGUUUCAGAUUCCUUUCUGGAAACAAAUGUGCCACUUCUAGUUUUGAUUGAAGCUGCCAAAAACGGGAACGAGAAAGAAGUCAAGGAGUAUGCCCAGGUUUUCCGUGAACAUGCCAACAAGCUGAUUGAGGUUGCCAACUUGGCCUGCUCUAUCUCAAAUAAUGAAGAAGGUGUAAAAUUAGUUCACAUGUCAGCAAGCCAGCUUGAAGCACUCUGUCCUCAGGUAAUCAAUGCAGCAUUAGCUUUGGCUGCCAAGCCACAAAGCAAACUGGCUCAAGAAAACAUGGAGAUGUUUAAAGAACAAUGGGAAAAGCAAGUCCGCGUAUUGACAGAUGCUGUGGAUGACAUCACUUCCAUUGACGACUUUUUGGCAGUAUCAGAGAAUCAUAUUCUGGAAGAUGUAAACAAAUGUGUCAUUGCUCUUCAAGAAAAAGAUGUUGAUGGCUUAGAUCGCACUGCUGGCGCAAUUCGUGGCCGUGCAGCCAGAGUAAUUCAUGUUGUCACUUCUGAAAUGGAUAAUUAUGAACCUGGAGUCUACACAGAAAAGGUUCUAGAAGCAACAAAGCUGCUGUCAAACACAGUUAUGCCACGUUUUACUGAACAAGUAGAAGCUGCUGUGGAGGCACUGAGUUCUGACCCUGCUCAGCCAAUGGAUGAAAACGAAUUUAUUGAUGCUUCUCGGCUGGUGUAUGAUGGAAUUCGUGACAUCAGAAAAGCUGUGCUAAUGAUCAGAACUCCUGAAGAAUUGGAUGACUCAGACUUUGAGACAGAAGACUUUGAUGUUCGGAGCAGAACGAGCGUUCAGACUGAAGAUGAUCAACUUAUUGCUGGCCAAAGUGCAAGAGCUAUCAUGGCUCAGCUCCCUCAAGAGCAGAAAGCAAAAAUUGCCGAACAAGUAGCCAGCUUCCAGGAAGAAAAGAGUAAAUUGGAUGCUGAAGUGUCCAAAUGGGAUGACAGUGGUAAUGACAUUAUUGUUCUGGCAAAACAAAUGUGCAUGAUUAUGAUGGAAAUGACAGACUUCACCAGAGGUAAAGGACCAUUAAAAAACACAUCCGACGUCAUUAGUGCAGCAAAAAAAAUUGCAGAAGCUGGAUCAAGAAUGGACAAGCUUGGACGGACAAUUGCUGAUCACUGUCCAGAUUCUGCAUGCAAACAGGACCUGCUAGCUUAUCUACAGCGUAUUGCUUUAUAUUGCCAUCAGCUGAACAUUUGCAGCAAAGUGAAGGCAGAAGUUCAAAACCUUGGUGGAGAACUGGUUGUAUCUGGGGUGGACAGUGCCAUGUCAUUGAUUCAAGCAGCGAAGAACCUGAUGAAUGCUGUGGUGCAAACUGUGAAGGCUUCCUACGUAGCGUCCACGAAGUACCAGAAGUCUCAAGGGAUGGCAUCUCUGAAUCUUCCAGCGGUGUCUUGGAAAAUGAAGGCACCAGAGAAGAAGCCGCUAGUCAAGCGUGAGAAACAAGAUGAAACCCAGACCAAAAUCAAGCGGGCCUCCCAAAAGAAGCAUGUGAACCCAGUGCAGGCACUCAGUGAAUUCAAAGCAAUGGAGAGCAUUUAGACGGAGAAUUCUGGAUUGCUCAUUUCUGAAUUUCUUCUAAUAUUCUCUGGGUUAUGUUAAAAUUCACUUACUUAACAUUUUGAUAAAAUCAUUUAGAGUGAAAGGGAGGGAAGGCAGUCAGAUCUAUAAAGCAUAACAAUACAGUCUGCAAACAUAUCAAUUUUAGUAGGAAAUGCUGUUUAGAUUUGUCACUUUUUCUAGCUGACUUAAAGUAACAAAUUUUGAUGUAUAACCAAAGAUGAAUUUAUGUUAAAGUUAAUCAUUCACGUAGCUGGAUCGUGUCAUUCCUUUCAAAGGAAACAUUUGGUAAGGUGGAUCUUCUCAACUCGAAAAUAAAUGGAAAAUAUGGGGUUUUUUAAAGUAUAUAUGUAUGCUUUGGGAUGAGUAUAGAGGCAAGCUUUGUAUGUUGGAAAGAACUUUUAAGCUGAAAAGCGGUAGUUGCUGAUUACAACACUAAGAUAACUGUAGAAAAAUUAUUUGGUAAAGUAAAUAUACUGUAGCCUUCCUUUCUAACUUAAUCAGUCUUGCCUUCAUUAUUUGAAACUGAACACACUGAUGCAUUUGUCCGCACGGCUGGAUUGCAGGUUACCUCUUAAGAGUGUUCCUGUUAGUGCUGUAUAACAGAGAUAGUUGACUCAUGCGCCUGCUCUUGCAUCUUGAAUGUUUCCUGGCCUUUACCAGUUGGCCUUUCUGUAAGGAUUUCCAUGGGUACCUGUGGGACAGCGACACAAAAGACACUUGGGGGUGUAAUGCAUGACGUGUCAUGAAGAGAACUGUUCGUUUAGACUCGAGGUAUACCUGGCCACAGAGCUCCAAUAAAAGUUGCUUGGACCAGCCAUGUAUAAGCGGCUAUAUGUUUCCCCCUCAGCGUUCAAAUGCGAUUCAUCGAUGUGUUCGUCUAAAAGGUUGCUACGCAUUCUUCCUUAGGUUUUAAAAGAAUCUUGGCAAAUAGUGUUGAUUCAGACUGCAAUUUAGGCAACAUUAUUUGUGAUAACUGGAGCUUCACGGCAUAAUUUUGCUGUUUUAAAUUUUAUGGAUUUCUGUUUUUAUACCUUUUUUUCCAAUAAACUCCAAUAUAAAAUCCA